GCUGUUCUUCUCCUCUCCAAAGAUUUAGUGGCAAAGAGACACGCACGCACACCGCCGGCAUGUCUCCGUCUGUGCGCACAGAACUUCUCUUCCUCUUCCUUUCUCUCUCGUCCGGCACGGUGCUCAGCCGCUACAUCGAGGAGGACGAUACGUCCGACGGAUUAUAUUCUCUUCUCAGCUUGGAGCAGAAGAGAGAAUCUGAAGACUUUAUUUUCAGGCGACCUCUCAGAUGUUUGGACAUGUUGGCCAUCGAGGGCCACUUCACUUUCGUGGCGUCAUCGUCGCAGCAGCUGUCCUGUGCCGCCUUCAUCAUCGGCGAGCCCAGCGAAGUCAUCGGCCUGGAGCUGAAUGACGUCAACAUCGACUGCGACGUCGGCGACUUUAUUAAGAUAUUUGAUGGCUGGGUCCUGAAGGGGGAGAAGUUCCCCAGUACCCAGGACCACCCACUGCCUCUUCACCAGCGCUACACGGACAUCUGUUCGUCCACGCUGCCGAGCCACACCAGUCGCUCAUCCCAGAACGUCGCCAUGGUUUUUUUCCGCAUCCACAACCCGGACAGUGGCUUCACCCUCGUGGUGAAGAAGCUGCCCAACCCUUUUCCAUGUAACAUCAUGUCUCAGAGCCCAGAGGGCAGCUUCACCAUGGUGAUGCCUCAUCAGCACAGGAACUGCAGCUUCUCCAUCAUCUACCCGGUGGAGAUCCAACUGGCACAGCUCAGCCUGGAGCAGGCCAAAAGCAACGAGCUCAGGCCCAAGGCGAGGCUGUCAUCUGGAUGUUCGGGUUCCGGUGACUAUGUGGAGCUCCUGGGUGGAAACAGCGUAGACACAUCACGCAUGUUCCCUGUUGCUGAUCUGUGUUUUCCUCUCAGUGGACUCGCCCAGAUGAAGAUCAGUUGUGAUAACUCGGUGGUGAGGCUGGUGUCCAGCGGCAACUACAUCAACCGCGUGUCUUUCCGCUACCGACUACUCGAACGCCACCAGCUGCCCGAAGGUCAAGAGAACAGCCUGGACAACAUGUGCAAUGUGGAGUGAAACUGCACAAUUCAUGAAAAAUCUGUUAAUACAUUUGUUUACAGGAUGUAAAGUUUGUUUUUCUGUUCGGUCUGUAUUUAACCCUUUCAGGGACAGCGGUUACUACAGUGGACAGUUUAUCGUGUUGCAGGGUGCAUGAAAAGGUUAAUUCAAUCUGAGGAUUUAGUUUUUUUUAUUCGUCAAAUGAAAUCUAACCGCUUACGGUCACCAACGUAUAUAUUAAUUGAGUAACAUUUUCAAUGGUUCGACAACAAAGAGAGCCUCACCCAAUUUGUUUGUGAAAUUCAAGUUUGUACGCAGACCGUAAUGACUCACAGAUCCACAUAGAUGGCGGCAUUGCCUCACUUUGGAUUUGAAAUCAGCACAACUUUAGAGUAGAAGAUAACGAUUAGGCGAUGAAUCUCGGCUUGACACGUCGACACCGAGGGCGGGAAACGAGAAACAUUUAAAGUUUAGAAAUCUGAUACUUGAACGAGGUAUUUAUACAGUACAGUAUGCAUGGUAUGAGCAGAGAAUGUGUCACAGAAGGAUGUAAGAAGUAUGCGUCGCGAAUGUGAAUAAAGAUGAUGCCGUCCCGAGAGUGAAAGAGGAAUGCCAUUUUAAAAAGCCACUUAGGUUUGAUUCGAGCCACCUGGUCUUGAAAGAUUCGUCAAAAAGCUCAAAAUCAAGUAGCAAUAUGAAGACCGUGGCAGUUUGAGAACAGUUGGCAGCAAAUGAGUUAAC